CGUGAUAAAAAUGUCUUAACCGCAUUCCCACACCAACCGUAAUGCCUUUCGAGCGCCCCGUACACUAACACUCAAUUCGCCCGUUUUCGAUAGUCAUACGAGUAUCCAAGAUCUUUAAUCCGACGUCUGCUGAAUUCUUUGGUGGAUUGUCAUUAUGGCCAACAACGAAUUUAUGGGGCCUACCCUCCCCCACAUCAGAAUUCCCGAUACUCUUGAUGACGUCCGGCUCACAGGUUCACCUCAAGCAGCGUACUACAUCUCAGAUUUCAUCUCGCAAGAGGAAGAGCAAGUAAUUCUAGAAAAAAUAGCAUCCGCACCGAAACCACGUUGGAAGCAACUAUCCCAUCGCCGACUGCAAACGUGGCCGUCCGAUCUUGUUAAUAAUAAGUUGAUGGAUGCUCCCUUGCCGACAUGGUUGAGUGAUCCGAUCAUAUCGCGUUUGAAAUCGAUCCGACUCUCACAAGAACCCGAUUCGCCUGAUAUUUUCUCUGAUAGUCCUCACCAAAAGCCGAACCACGUUCUUAUCAACGAAUAUCCUCCUGGCAUCGGAAUAAUGCCUCACAAGGACGGGGCUGCCUAUCAUCCUGUUGUGUGUACUGUGAGCCUUGGUGCUAGUCUCUGCCUCAACAUCUACAAGUCUAAAGACAACGGCGCUCUGGAUCCCAACCCUGCAUGGAGAAUAUUGCAAGAGCCUCGAAGCCUUCUCAUCACUACUUCUAGUCUUUACACCGAUUUUCUCCACGGUAUCGAGGAUAUCACAGAGGAUAUCGAGCUCUCUAACAGUACCAUUGCCAACUGGAAACUCCUUCGGUCGCCUGAAGAAUUUGCCAAUGGCUGUAACGUGCGAAAGACACGUACCAGCUUAACGUAUCGAGAUGUGAUGAAAGUAUCUAAGUUAGGAGGCAAGCUUGGGUUUUUGCAGAAAAAAUGAUGGACUCAGACAAAUCCGAUAUCAAAAUAUGCCUGGUAUCAUCUUCCAUUUCUCCAGGACUCUUUCGCGGCCGAACUUCUCACCAUACCACUUCUUAGUUCCGUUGGCGGUGCUACCAAGAUUGACUGCAACAAAGAGCAGGGCGCAGAUCAAAGUCCUGUUAUACAGCUGGCCUACAGGCGCCGUUAUCAAGGCCAGGGAAAGAUACAGCAUGC